CUUUUUAAGCUCUAAUAAUUAUUUAACAUUUUCUGGAAGGAAAAAAGAGAGAGGAUCAUUUCCGAAUUUUAAGCACAUGUUCCACUCUCUUCUUCUUCCCUACUGCAGUUGAGUAAGUUAAAAAGUAAAUAAAAACGAUCCAAAUCUCGUCGGCGACAGAAACAGAGAGAAAUUCUUUUAAGAGGACCUCUCUGUUUCUUUCUUUAAUAUCUUAUCAUCUAACAAUGGCCGAUGAACCUUCGGUUACUCGCUGGUCUUUUCAGGAUUUUAAACUAUUUUACGAUGCCAAGUUUGGGAGAAAGAAAAUGUCAGAGACGCAAAACGGUGUCGCAGGCCCAGCUGUCGCUAAUGGAAUUGGGAAUUCUUCUACUUCAAAUGCUACAUCUAAUGGAAAUGGUCAUGUGAAGAACACAUCUGAUAUGGCCAUUUAUGAGCAAUACAGAAAUCAGGAUAGGAGCUCUAAUCACUCGAAUGGAGUUUUGCCUAAUGGAAUUGAUGAUAGACCGCAGAAGUCUUUGCUCCCUGCCUUCGAUUCUGCUGAAACUCGUGCUUUAGCAGAGGGUUUAUGCAGGGACAUCGUCCGUGGUAACCCUGAUGUCAAGUGGGAAAGUAUUAAAGGGUUAGAGAAUGCAAAACGGUUACUGAAAGAAGCAGUCGUGAUGCCGAUAAAAUAUCCCAAGUACUUUACUGGUCUUCUAUCACCAUGGAAAGGCAUUCUUCUUUUUGGCCCUCCAGGGACAGGAAAGACAAUGCUUGCGAAGGCUGUCGCUACAGAAUGCAAAACCACCUUUUUCAAUAUUUCAGCAUCUUCUGUUGUUAGCAAGUGGCGUGGUGAUUCAGAGAAGUUAAUAAAGGUGUUGUUUGAGCUUGCUAGGCACCAUGCACCAUCAACUAUAUUUAUUGAUGAAAUUGAUGCAAUUAUUAGUCAACGGGGUGAAGGUCGCAGUGAGCAUGAAGCAAGUAGGCGUUUGAAAACUGAGCUACUCAUACAGAUGGAUGGUUUGACACGGACGGAGGAGCUUGUUUUUGUUUUGGCAGCAACAAAUCUCCCCUGGGAGUUAGAUGCAGCCAUGCUCCGGCGUUUGGAGAAGCGAAUUCUUGUUCCUCUUCCAGAACCAGAAGCGAGAAGAGCGAUGUACGAGGAGCUCCUGCCACCCCAGCCUGAUGAGGAUAAGCUUCCUUAUGACUUAUUGGUGGAAAGGACAGAAGGUUUUUCAGGUUCAGAUAUUCGAUUACUGUGUAAAGAAGCUGCUAUGCAGCCACUGAGACGAUUGAUGGCGCUUCUUGAAGACAGACAGGAAGUAGUGCCUGAUGACGAGUUGCCAAAAGUGGGGCCAAUCACACCAGAGGACAUAGAGACAGCUUUGAAGAACACUAGGCCGUCUGCUCAUCUCCAUGCCCACCGUUAUGAGAAGUUUAAUGCUGAUUAUGGUAGCCAGAUACUCCAAUGAAGGCGCACAAUGCUAGGUCGCACAAUGCUAUGUAAUGUUUCAAGUUUAUCAUUUUGUUAAUUUCUCUAAAUUUUCUAUGCAAUGAUUCAAGUUUAUAUUGUCAGAUAAUGAUGUUAAUUGUUGUUAUUUUUCAUAACCGAGUCUAGAUUAGUGUGCGAGGAACCAAUGGUUUGCUUUGGACUCGAGCAUGCUUGAUAUUUUGCAUCUUUUGAAGUCUUUAGGACCAUAUGCAGAAGGAGAGCACAGUUUCUGAUAUCCUCCUCAGAUUGCCCUAAUGUCAUUGCAGCCCCUGAAAGAGGGGUGGUUGUCUUUGGGUAAUCAGGUCGUUCACUGUGAGGUUACUUAUUACUGGAUGUGCGAAUUCAUGCCGCAAAACAAAGAGUACCGUUUCAAUGUUUGUUUAAAAGAACAGGAGUAUUGUUCCUCUGUUGUCCAAAUCUGCAUCCCUGUACUUCUGUAUUAUUAUUUUUCUAGUGCCUCCAAGGCUCACAAGAAAUUGUCCUUUCCCAUUCCAUGUUA